AGACCGUCGAAUCUGUCUCUUUAUGACAUCAUUUGUUUUCCUUUAUAAAGAAAAUGAUAACUGUGACAAUUUUGCGUCCUACCUCCUCCUCCUCUCUCAGCAACCUGUUCAUAUCUCUACCAAGCAAGAAGAGGAAGGAACCCUUUCGCAUUUUGAUCUGAGAUGGGCGAGCCACUAGGACUGCUCCAGGUGACUGUUAUUCGAGGAAAGAAACUGGCUAUCAGAGACUUCAAGUCAAGUGAUCCUUACGUGAUUGUCAAAUUGGGGAAUGAGUCAUCCAAGACCAAAGUGAUCAACAACUGCCUGAAUCCUGUGUGGGAUGAGGAACUGAGCUUUACACUCAAAGACCCUGCAGCAGUUCUCGCAUUGGAAGUGUUUGAUAAAGAUAGGUUCAAGGCAGAUGACAAGAUGGGUCAUGCCACUCUCAGCCUUCAGCCGCUCAUCUCAGUAGCCAGACUAAGGCAUAUAGUGCAUGUCUCCUCUGAUGGUGAGACAACGCUUAGGAAAGUGUUACCUGAUUCUGACAACUGUGUAUCUCGGGAGAGCACAAUCAGUUGCAUAAACGGAGAGGUGGUGCAGAGCGUGUGGCUAAAGCUGUGCGCUGUUGAAUCGGGUGAGAUUGAGUUAAAGAUCAAGUUGAUUGAUCCUCCUGGAACAAAGUAGAAUGCACACAUGCGCCGGGGGGAGCAACCCGAUUGUCUAGUGAUAACUGCAACAUGUAAUGGUCUCUGUGUUUCCAAAUGAGUGUGAAACGGCUUUAAACCUU